AUGUUCCGACCUAUCUUCACCGUCUUCGUGGCCUUGCUUGCCCUCAUGCAGGUCACCAUGGCUGCCCCUACCACCAGCUCCGACAUUACCUCACUCGAAGUCACUGACCAGGACUUGGACCUCUCCCUCGUCGCAAAGUCGGAAGCUCAGCGCCGCAGUCUGAGUCCGGAACAUGUCAAGGUGGCCAGAUCCGAUGCCAACGCACCCCUUCCCAGCCAUGAGGUUACAUGCAGGACCGACGACCGCAGCCCACAGCGCCGGUACGUCGAGGAAGGAAUCCGAGCAUUGCGCGCCAAAGAAGGCCCACUCGUGAUCGGGGAGGGCACGUCGACGUUCGAAGUCUGUGACAUACCGGUAGAGGGCCGUGUGAGAAAUUCUGCUAUUUGGGUGUGCAACUACACUGGGAGGGAUACCUUGACCCUAGCGUCGUACAGCAUCAUUGCCGAUGCGGCGCAGUUGCUUGUCGAUCAGUGCAAGAGGGAAGGUAUAUUCCCCGGAAUUGAAGGUGAAGUCAGAUUCUCGGAUGGUUGGACAGUAAGCAUCCAUGAAAGCAUCUUUUAG